AGAGCAUGACUAUUAUAGCCUCUCGACUACUGGCACGUCGCGUUCUUGAUGCUGCGGGAAGCCCUCCCUGUCAAUGCGUCAGUAAAUGGAUCACGCAACGACAGUAGACAUUGAAGGUAACAGCGGGAUUCAGAGACGUUCGACGAGUUCAUGCUCUGGUGCAAAGGACUACGGUGUCCUGGUGUUGCAAUUGUAUCUCAUCGACAAGAGACUCAUACGGGAAAUCGGUGUGCACGGAAAGACUCACUCUCAAGAGCAAUGCACGCCUUUCCAUACGCCGCCGAAUCAGUAGGGAUGAGUUUGCAGCUAGUUGCGUG